ACAAGAGCAGAGCAAGUUGGAGGGAAGCGGAUCGGGGGGAUCUUAGCGCCGAGCCGCCCCGCGUGGAUACGGAUAAAGCGGGGGAGACGCGACAUGACUCUGGAGGAGAUUCACGGACAGGAGCCAGUGGCCGAGAGCAGCGACAGGAUGCAGGGCGCGGGCAAAGCCCUCCACGAGCUGCUGGUGUCGGCGCAGCGGCGCGGUGGCCUCACCGCCGGGGUGUACGAGUCCGCCAAGCUGAUGAACGUUGAUCCCGACAAGGUGGCGUUCUGUGUGCUGGCAGCGGCCGAGGAGGACGAGGGGGACAUUGCCCUGCAGAUCCACUUCACCCUCAUCCAGGCCUUCUGCUGCGACAACGACAUCGACAUUGUGCGCCUGCAUGACAUCCCAAAGCUGGCCGACAUUGUGGGGGCCAGCGAGGAGUCGGGCGAGCCCCGUGACCUGCACUGCAUCCUCAUCACGAAUCCAGAUGAGGAUGCUUGGAAAGACCCUGCGCUGGAAAAGCUCAACUUGUUUUGUGAGGAAAGCCGGCAUGUCAAUGAUUGGGUGCCCACUAUCACCCUGCCUGAGUGAUGAAGAUUCAUUGCACUGGAGAGGUUGAAACCUUUGUUGCAUUCUCGUCAUGGUGUUGCACGCCUGGGUGAACCAACACAUUGCUGAUUCUGUGGAUUAGCCUGGUCAAGAGAUCGGAUUAAGUCGCUCAGACUGGCAAGCAGUGGGCUCUUGUGGAGAAGGAAGAUGUGAGGGAGGAAGGGGAUGUCUCAUGCCAGGAGUGAGUCCCUACUACCUUGCAGUAGUGGAAUGGCUGGCGUGCCAAGGAGCUGAAUGAGUAUUGCAAGUUUCCAGGAGCUGAAGAAAUAUUGCAAGUUUUCAGGUCAAGUGGAAGUUUAAGAAAGCUGGACAGAAGGUUGGGAAAUUGGACAAAAAUAACUUGGAAAGACUGGACAAAAUAUUGUAACUAGGAACUGUUGGCACUACAAAACUUUAAGAGGAAAACACUUUGAUGGUCUGUUAGAGAUUUGUUACUGUGACAAUAUACAAAGACUUUUCUGCAAAGACUCUUAUGCAGACACAAUUUAUCAAAGGCCUUUGGGCUGUUUAGAAAACAUUGGUUUACUAAUGCAAUAAUACUCUUUAUGCUGCUAUGAAAGCUCUAAUGUUUAUAAUAAACU